AUGAAAUUACAGAAUUUGAUGAUUAAAUGUGAUCAACAUCUUGCAUUCCACAGUGGAACAAGUUCAGCGAUUAGUUCAUUAGUAUUCGCUGAUGAUGAUGGUAUUUCUAAAGUGUCAGAACAUUCAAUAAAUAAUCGAAAAUCGGAUCAACAUAGUUCAUUACACUGGAUCACAUCGCAAACUGUAUUAUCAAAUGAAACUAAUCCAAUGAAUAAUAAUAAUAAUUCUAUAAUAGAUGUUACGACGGUUAUUACCAAUAUUUACACCACUACUACUACUAAUAAUAAUCAUAAUAUUAAUAAUAAUAAUAAGAGAAAUUUUAGUUCAAUCGAUUCAUUAUAUGAAACAGUGGAUUUGCCUAGAACUAAUUUACCGACCCCAAUGUUAACAACGACAACAAUGUACACCCGGAAGGAGAACACGGGGAGUACAAUUUAUAUGUUCGGUGGACAGUACUUAGGAGGAAUCAAGCAUUAUUUUGAUAGCAGUUUUUAUUCGAUAUCUGAAAUUUCGUCUACUGUGAAAACAGAAAUUUCAGAUCAGCGGGAAUUAUUAGCCGUCAGAACGUUUUAUUAUCAAGAAGCUGGUGAUGAACAUGAGGAAGGAAAUGCAAUAGAUGUUCCUGGAAAAUGGAUCCAAAGUGGAACGUUAGUGGAGUUUGAAGCUCUCGGUGAUUGUCCAAAACACGUUUCGAGUGAAGCAUGUCACGGCGCAACAAUACCAGAUACAACGUGCAUUUGGUGUGAAACAGCCAAUAUGUGCAUCACCAGCAAUGAUAAGGAUCUUCAUGAAUUCAAAGUAAAUGGUUGCAAGAAUAAAAGCUCGACUGUCAUCGUUGCUACUGAACCAACAACUCUAGCAACUACUGAAACUGAUUUGAAGAAGACUAGUCCAGGCUCUGAAUCACAUUUGAACAUGACUACAGAUACAACAACUCCUGCAACUACUGAAACUGAUCUAAGAAAUGAAUUGAAGAAGACUAGUUCAAGUACUGAAUCACAUUUGAACAUGACCACAUAUACAGCUGAACACAUGGAGGAAACAAAAACACUGCAAUAUCGUUGA